CGCUAACCAUCCUGGCCAGCUUUAAUAUAUUAGACGGGGACACUGCACGCUCUAUGGCAGUGUAUGCAAGUGUUCUAAACUUUGCUAACGACGUACUCUCAGAAGAUGGAUGUGAACUUUUCAAUACGUCUUUUUUUCGCCGGAAUAUUUGCCAUUUUACAGACAAUCUUUCUGUGUCCAGCAUAUGCGUUCCUAGAACCUUACGACCUUUUAUAUGAUAACGGAGUUGAAGCUUUCUACAGCAGUGACUAUAAAAAUGUGGUGAGCUAUAUGGAGAGAGCGCUUAGCAGCUACUCUGAACUUCGCCGGACUAAAGUUCGGUGCAGGCUGCAGUGCAGGGACCAGCACCCAUUUGAUGAAUCUUCCUCGGAUUUGCGGUUCUUCGACGCUGUGCUUCAUAGGGCUUCUUGCUUGAACGAAUGUAUCGAAAGUGUAGUGGGGUCUCAGUCAAUGCACAGAGUUAGUGAGGAUGUCAUCCAAGAUUUCCACAGACGGAUCCCCUACAACUAUCUUCAGCUUGCGUACGCUAAGCUCAAGCAGCCGGACAAAGCAGCAGCAGCGGCGCACACCUACUUCCAGGCGAACCCCGAGCACGUGGAGAUGAGCCACAACCUGGAGCAGUACAAGGCCUGGGAGGGCGUGCAGGAGGAGAACUUUAUCGACCGAGAGGCGCGCCCGCACCAGAAAGCUUUCACGGCGGGGGUGAAGCUCUAUGACAGAGGCGAGUACGAGGAGGCCAUCGCCUACUUCGAGGAGGCCCUGGAGGAGUACUACAAAGCGGACGUGGAGUGCAGGGCCCUGUGCGAGGGUCCGCAGAACUUCGCCGAGCAUGAGCACUUGAACUACCGCCCCGCCCUCUACGAGCUCAUCUCCGAUCAUUUCACGCAGGUCCUGCACUGUGAGCACGAGUGUGUGCGAGACCUGGCCACACGCCCCGGACGCCUCUCCCCGAUGGAGAACUACCUACCUCUGCACUACGACUACCUGCAGUUUGCCUACUUCAAAGUGAACAUGAUCCAGGAGGCCUUGGAGUGCGCCCAGUCCUACCUGCUAUUCCAUGAAGGAGAGGAGUUCAUGACGGAGAAUGUAGACUACUACAGGGAGGUGCUGGGGCAGGAGGUCAAACCACGGGAGGAGGCUCAGCGCUACAUCAAACGUCACCGGCAGGAACUGGACCUCCUGCGCGUGGGCAGCGAAAACUUGGGAGUUGAGUACACAGAGGGGAACUAUUGGAGCAGUUCUGGUGGAAGGGAAGAUGUUAACAGAAUCCCUUCAGGCACAGACGGCUGGAUGGAGUAUGUCCCCAUCUCAGAGAAGAAGAACGUGACGGAAAACGAGGUGAAAGAGCUGAGAGAGGGAGGACCGCUGGUGUAUGACAGCGUUCGGCUGGUCCAGAACUCGGAGGCCCUGAACGGAACGCAGAGGGUGCUGUUCGAUGAUGUCAUCUCUGAAGACGAGUGCGCGGAACUGAAGCACCUUGCCCACGCUGUCAUGAUGGCUGGUGACGGGUACCGAGGAAAGACGUCCCCCCACACGCCAAAUGAGAAAUUUGAGGGGGCGACGGUGUUGAAGACCUUGCAGUACGGCUUCGAAGGCCGCAUCCCGCUGAAGAGCGCGCGCAUGUUCUACGAAGUCAGCGAGAAGGCGCGGCAGAUCAUCGAGUCCUACUUCAUGCUCAACUCCACCCUACACUUCUCCUACACUCACCUGGUGUGCAGGACCGCCAUCACUGGUCAACAGAACGUUAGAAGUGACCUCAGCCACCCCAUCCACGCCGACAACUGCCUCUUGGACCCAGAGGCCAAUGAAUGCUGGAAAGAGCCUCCCGCCUACACCUACCGAGACUACAGUGCUCUCUUGUACCUCAAUGGAGAUUUUGAAGGAGGGGAGUUCAUUUUCACAGAAAUGGAUGCGAAAACAGUCACAGCGUCGGUCAAGCCCAAGUGCGGGAGGAUGGUGGGCUUUUCGUCAGGAGGGGAGAACCCCCACGGGGUGCGAGCGGUGACCGGUGGACAGAGGUGUGCCGUGGCUCUUUGGUUCACUCUGGACCCCCUCUUCAGAGAGCUGGAGAGGCUCCAGGCAGAUGAAGUGAUGGAGUCAUUGAAUAACCAGCAGCAGUUGGACCACGGGCUCAGCAUCAACCCCAAAGAUGAGCUGUAGUGUCAGGGAAGAGGAAGUCACAACUGAAAAUGAUUAUCUUAUUUAUUUAACAAAGUUGAUUUUAUCAGAACAAGUUUUAUUUUUGUACUGUUUGAAGUGCAGGUUUUGUUUUGUUUUUUGUUUUUCUUUUGUUUUGUCCGCUCGUGACAUCUCUUGUGUGCUACCUAUACCGGUACUUGAGUUCACCUCCGGUUUUUUAUUCCUUUCCUCCUCCGCGCGUUUGGAAACGUCGUCCUUCGCAGUGCCUGCCGAUGAAAACGCGUCGUGUGGGCGCGCCUGCCUCAGCGCUGAGCGUCGUGCGGGGGCCCUCCGCCAGGGGAGGGGGGGGGGUUCAGCCGCGCCUCAUAGAUUUAUUACGCUGGGGGUGGUGCUGCUGUAUAAAGGCCUUUCCAGCGUGAGGUAGAUACUGCACUGUGAACGAAGCCAAAGAGAAGAACAGCACGUAACUUGAUAUUCCCCAUUUUCAAGCAAAGCAAUCUCUGGGUUUCCCAUUUUCAGGGUAUUCACAUAAAGUGUAAACAUAAAACUUUCACGGUAUCUGCAUUUUUCAUGAACUGAUUGGAUCUGGGAUGAAUAUGUUGAGAGCAUAUUAUUUGAGUUAUUGUUAUAUUAUUAAAGAAAAAAAUUAUUUAAUGUAACUAUUAAAAUAUAGAAAUUUAGAAUAUUUUAGUACAGAAAUAUAUUUAUAUUUAGGUUAUCAGUAAAUAAUUCAACAGAAUUUCGAUAGAAGAUUAACUGACGGUCACAUUUAAGCCAGGAUAGUGAACAGGAUAGUGAAAUAAAUGUUUGUUCUGCGUUUGUCCCGGUCCUGCGUAAGCAUGCAUACUGGCACACGCAUUAACACAGUGGAUAAAGACACACGUCAUUGGUGCACUUUCUCCUUUAUUUAGCGUGCUAUUGUAUACGGUAUUGGGCCACCGCCUUCCCUUCAGCUCGGCUGCGAGCAGAGCAUUGUGUUUACAGAGGGUGCACAAGGCCGUGGCGUGCGUUCGGAUAGACGCGCUUAAUACUAGGAACUUUUAUACUUUUUUUAAUAAAAGAUGUUCAAUUUAUUCCUGUUUCAAGGAAUUCGUAAUUCGAUGUGGCAAAUAGUUAUCCUUUCCUUUCAAAAUCAUAUUUUCAAAGCAAUGUCGACACGGGCGCAGUUACAUACUUUUAAUACAAUGGACACUGGGCAUGCCUUGUUACUGAGCUGCUUUAUUUAUGCAUCCACUAUGUAACUCCUUCACUGAAGUCUUUAUUUAUCUUACAUUUCACCUUUGAUAAGGGAGGAAGGCCACUUGUAUUUUUGUAUUUUUGUCCCAUUAAUAUUUAAGAUGGAAACUCUAGUGAACUGAAAACUGAAAUGAUGUACUUUCAUUUUUCUUGUAAUUGAUAUGUAAAUAAAAAAAUUAUGGAAAAAUCA